UUUACAUUCAUUGAACAGUAAAAUUAUAAUUACCUUCACUUAUUAUUCUUAUAAUAUAGACACAAUGUUUGCUUGCUUGACCUUAAAUAAAAGGCACAAACUCAUUAUGUAUUCGUCAUUAAUAAUAAUUAUUAAAAGUACUUAAACAGUUAAUGCAUUGUAUGAUGUAUCGCUUGCGGGAGUUCAAUUUCAAACCAGUCUGCGUAGUGGUCAGUUGUACGUAAAGUUUACGUCAGAAUGUACAAGGAAAUUUUUGUUAUUUUGUCUGCGUUCAUUUUGAUGCAUACGAAUGCAUUACCAAGAGAUAGCAGCGUCGUGAUAACGGAGACUGUGUCGCCAAUUGCAGAUACAAUUUCGUCGAAAGUAAAAGAACCUUCGAAUGAAAGUUUUUCGGAAACUGGUUUCUACGCUCACCAGGUUAUUUGCAAAUACGAUGCAUCAACAGAUGAACCCUUAGAAGACUCGGUGUGUCAAGACCAUUGCUUACCAAAGGGAUAUUCUUUUGGGCUAUGUGUCCGCGGAAAAUGUAGCUGUGUUUAGUUUUGUAUAAUCUGUGUAUAAUUUUCAACAUAAGCUGUAAAAAUACUAAAAUACAAAAUUUAAAAUAUUAGAUGCACACUGUCACUAGCGUUAGAACUGAAUUCUUAAGAUAAAAUAGUUCCUACGACUUUUCGUCUGCAAUUCUACGUCUGCACAGAUGAAAAAUAUAUCAACAAAAAUAACAUUUAAAUAAAUUGGUUUGUUGGAUUAGCAGGAGUUAACACAAACAGAAAAAUUCACUAAACGUUAUUGGGAUUUCUAGCACUAAUAAAAACAUCCUUAAAUAGUUUUCUCAAAUAUUUUCCACAUACAGUAAUUUGUUAUUUUGUAAUAGCAUUUACUUAUUAGGCCUUACUUCUACUAGAUUUCAACGUUUUAUUUCCAUUUAAUGUUUGAUUUACUGACUUUCCGUUAGUCAUGCUUUUUUAUGAAAAUAAGGGAAGAGACGAGCAGGAUGUUCAGCAGAUGGUAUUUGAUACGGCCUGCCCAUUACAAUGCAGUGCCGCUCAGGAUUAUUGAAAAACUCAGAAAUUCUGAGCGGCGGUACAACUGUGCUCGUCACCUUGAGACAUACGAUGUUAAGUCUCAAUUGCACAGUAAUUUCACUAGUUCAGGCGCCCUUCAGAGCGAAACACAGUAGUAAUACUUACACAUUACUCCUUCGCGGCAGAAAUAGGCGCCGUUGUGGUAACCAUAAUCAAGCCGGCAUCAUGUACAAAGAAGCCUCUCACAGUAAAUAAUGUUUAUUAAUUAUUAUGUAUCGAUAUUAAAUCUUUUUUCUAAUUUUGUUAAAAAAAAUAAUCACAAUAUAGUGAAAUUAAAAUAAAGCAGCUCUAAGUAGGAGAUUUUAUAAAGUGAAAAGUAAUUAAACUCUUGUUGUAAGAAGAAAAUAUCAUACUAAAUAAAUGCUAAAUAAAAAUUAUCAUGACAUAGUAAGUAUAUUAUAUAGAGUAAAAA